UUCAGGAGCCAAUCUGAAAAUGUUUUGAGGGAAUCAUCCCCACAAGUCCUCCCACCCCCCUCCCCCAGAAUUAUUAAAUGCCCCUCCACUUCUCCAAUGCCAAGCUGCUCUGGAUCAGCCCCGAACACACCCCUCACACCCUGCAAGAAACAUUUUGUGCCAACCGACUACCAAGACACAGUCCCUGCUGAAUUUGAGGAAAUGUUAAGGCAUCCAAAAUUAUCAGCCAUGUCUCAAAGCAGCACUCAGAAUUCCCGUCCUCAGACACCUGUCAGUGUCAACGAAUACUUCCACAAGGAAUACCAGCCUAGGCCGUCCCCAAAACUGACGAGAGCAAGCUCCAAGAUCUUUGAGAAGGUGCGCGGUUUUGAAGAGGCAAGGCGAAGUUAUGACCAUGAAGGCUCCAUCUCGGGACGGUCCUGGGCCGGGUUCAACCACGCUGGGUCUGUCGACUCAGACGAUGGAGGGAACCGGUUGGGCGUCUCCAGAGAGAGUUUGAGGGAAGACCUACGAGAGUCUCUGAAGGAGGACGCUGCCGAACGGAGGUCCAAUUUCAGACAGAAGGCUGCGUCCUUAGAGGACUGCAGGCCCUGUACCACCCAGAAGUUCCAGGAAAUCGAGAACAAGUUCACUGAAGAGCUUCAACAAAUCAAGAAGCUUGUGGGUAAACCUCACAUGAAGAAGUCCUUCUCCACCGAGCAGCUCUCGCUCAGGGCAAGAGGCAGGCAGCCCUUGAGGAAGAUUGAGCCCCUCCCACCGCAAAUUCUCCAGAAGCUCCAGGAAAGGGAGCGAGCCCAUCAGGAGAAGGAGCAGAAAGAGACAGAACAGCCUAAAAAAGUAGCGCCACCACGACUGCACCUACAGGCACAGCAGGGGCAGCCUUCGCCCCAAACCCACGAGAUUGAGGGCCCAUCCAUGAGUAACAUAACAGUCAGUAGAUUGGGAGAAGUAGCAGCCACUCCAGAAUCUAUGCAACUGGCUGACUUAUGGGGACAGACGCCAACAAGACAGGAAAAUCGAGUCAGUCCAAUCAAGGAGAUCCUUCAGAGGUCUCCAUCACCAGUUGUUCAGAGAGUAUCUCAUAUGCAGGAGUCUCAGGACAUUCAAGAAUCUCCUGCCCAGAAUUCCCCAAAGGAAGAAUCGUCAGGAAGAAAAACACCUGUAGAGGUAGCCUUAAGAAAAGUAGAGUAUAAACCAAAAAGUCCAUUGGUACAGAGAAAGCCUACUGUUGUACAAGACCAUCCAAUACAACCUCUGCAAAAACCUCCAUGGCUGGUUACCUCUUCCACAAAUAUUCCACUCUCCCCAUCUGAGGAGAAACUGGAAGUGGAGUUAAUCAAGCCAGCCCCCAAGGUAAUCAUACCUACCAUCAUUGUUAAAGAAGAGCCCAUGGAAGAGGAAGUUCCUCCAGAGACUGACAAGUCUAAAGAGGUGACCAAUGUGAAAGAAGGCCAAACACAGAAGACCCGGGGGAAGGGUCGCUGCGCUUGGCCCAUGUCUCCAGAGUUAGAUUCUUCAGACGACUCUUACGUGUCUGCUGAAGAGGACCCCUUGGAGGCCCCUAUGUUUGAGUUUCCUCUUAAGGACACUGUGGCAACUGCUGGUACUGAGGUCCUGCUGAGAGUCAUCAUUGCUGGCACUCCUCUCCCAGAAGUUACCUGGAGGCGAGACAAUAUUGAGAUCACUAACAGCCCAAACUAUGGGGUCAAAGUGGAGGGAGAGCGGUAUUCACUUCUCAUCAAAUGUGCAAAACCAAGUGAUGCUGGAACAUACUGUGUGACAGCUGCCAAUGAGGCUGGGCGAGCAUCUAGCAGUGCCACCCUUUCCGUCAAACCAGAGCCCAUGCAGGAGCCGCAGGGGAACCUGGGUGUUCCUAGGGACAUCAGCAGCCCUAUCACAUCUGAUGAAGAGUACCUCAGCCCACUGGAGGAAGGCAUGGACUUUGGAGGGCCUGAGACAAGGAAGAUAGUCGACACACGAUUCAAGGAGCCCCCUGCAUUCCAGGUAACUAUGAAUGAUCAAGCGGUCAUUGAGGGGCAAGAAGUGACCAUGUCUGUCCGACUAAAUGGACAGCCCAAACCCAUGGUUUAUUGGCUGAGGGACAGGGAGACGAUAAAAACAGACUUGCACCACAAAGUGCGUGAGACCAAGGACUGCACUUUUGAAAUGACCAUCAACUCAGCUCAGAAGUCGGACACGGGAGUGUACACCUGCAAGAUCAUCAAUGAGUAUGGAACAAAGCAGUGCGAAUGCAGACUGGAGGUGAAAGUGCCACCAGUGGAGCCAGGCCUAACCAUUAUCCGUCCAGUGAUGGACAUCACAGCGGAUGCAGGUGAGACGGUCAUGUUAGAGUGCCACAUAAUUGGACCACUGGAAACAGACGUCGAUUGGCUUGCAGAUGGUAAACUGAUCCAGCCAGCUCUGCUCAACUGCAAAAUGCAUUUUGACGGGAAAAGGUGCAGGCUGCUCCUCAACUCAGUGCACGAGGACAACAGUGGCUCCUAUACGUGCAAGCUGACCUCGCCCAAAGAGGAACUGAACUUAAGUGGCCAACUCAAAGUCAUCCCUUCCAUCAAGCCCCUUUUCACCCGCAAGCUGGAUGCCUUAGAGGUGAUUGAGGGACGUAACGCCCGCUUUGACUGCAGGGUCAGUGGAACACCUCCUCCAAAAGUCAGCUGGGGACAUUUUGACCAUACACUGGUAGAGAGUGACAAUGUGCAGAUCUUACAAGAGGGAGGACGUCACUCCCUCAUAAUCUCUCAUGUCACCAAUGAGGACGAGGGCUUCUACACAGUCAUCGCUUGCAAUCCACACGGCGACGCCGAGAGCUCCGCUGAGCUCUACGUCCAGGAGCCCAAACCUGCUAUGUCAUCUCAAAUGGCGAAGCUAGAGAAGAUGCCGUCCAUCCCGGAGGAGCCUGAGCUACUGGUCAACGAGGUUGAGCGUUUUACUAUGCCUGACUUUGUCAAGCCACUGUACGACCUGGAUGUGAUUGAGGGCACGGAGGCCGUGCUCAAGUGCAAGGUGGCCGGUCUGCCGUACCCCACCAUCGUGUGGUUCCACAAUGGCAAGAAGAUCGACAGCAUGGAGGACAGGAAAUUGACACAGUUCAGAGACAUCCACAGCCUGGUCAUCAGCUGUGUCUGCCAUGCUCACGGAGGGGUAUACAAGAGUGUCAUCUCCAACAAGGUGGGCAAGGCCACUUGCUAUGCCCAGCUAUAUGUGACUGACGUUCUUCCAGAACCUCCAGAUGGGCCCCCAGUAAUAGAGGCGGUUACUGGCAAGACUAUCACCCUGAGCUGGAAGAAACCCCGGCGGCUGGAUCCCUCUAUUGAUCCCAACACGUUGAUGUAUGCCAUCCAACAACAAGCGCUGGGCUCGAUCCAGUGGACCAUCAUAGUGUCCAGUCUGAAAGACCCUUGCUAUACAGUGACCAGCUGCUCCAAAGGAGUCUGCUAUGCCUUCAGGGUCCUGUCAAUCACCACCAAGGCCUUUAGCAAACCCUCUCCGUCCACAGACCCAGUGCAACUUGUCAACAGAGGUCCAUAUCUUCAGGAGGGUCCGGUAAUCAUUGAUAAGCCAGACAUAGUCUAUGUCCAGGAGAACCUGUCAUUCAGCAUCACCAUCACUCUGAACCACGUCAACGCUUCAGUUAUCUGGAAGAGGAGUGGAGUGGUCCUUGCAAUCAAACCUGGACUGUAUGAGAUGAGUAUGCCUGAUGAUGACCAGCACACUCUGAAGAUCAUGAGGGUGAAGAGUGGCGAUGUGGGUCAACUGAUGUGUGUUGCCUCCAACAAGUUUGGCGUCGACUCCUGCAUCUUUAGUGUGGAAAUGGCAGCACCACCAACCUUUGAGUCCAUCAUGGAGGAUGUGGAUGUGCACAUGGGUGAGACACCACGCUUGGCUGUGGUUGUGGAGGGCAAGCCCAUUCCCGACAUCCUUUGGUUUAAGGAUGCUACAUUGUUGUGCGAGAGUAGUCACAUCACCUUUGUGUAUGAUGACAACGAAUGCUCCCUUGUGCUGCUCAACACAAGUCCAGAAGAUUCAGGGGUGUAUACCUGCACAGCCAAGAACCUGGCUGGUUCUGUGUCCUGUAAGGCUGAGCUCACCGUACGCACAGUUAAAGAAGACAAGGAGGACACAAUGGAGGACGAGGAGACCGUUCUCAGGAAGAUGCGCCGGCUGACUGACUACUAUGACAUCCACAAGGAAAUAGGGAGAGGCGCUUUCUCCUAUGUGAAACGGGUGACGCAGAAGGUUGGUAAAAUGGAGUAUGCUUCCAAGUUCAUCUCGGCCCGAGCCAAGAGGAAGGCAUCUGCUCUGAGAGAGAUGAACCUACUGUCUGGGCUGCACCACGAGAGAGUCCUGUAUUUCCAUGAUGCCUUUGAGAAGAAGAACACAUUCAUUAUUGUCACAGAGAUAUGCAAUGAGGAGUUGCUGGAGAGGUUAACAAAGAAAUCUACAGUAAUGGAGUCAGACAUCCGCUCCUGCAUGAGACAGUUGCUGGAGGGUGUGGACUACCUUCACCAUCAAAAUAUCAUCCAUCUGGAUAUAAAGCCUGAUAACAUCCUCAUGGCAGACCACCAGGGUGAUCAAAUCCGCAUCUGUGAUUUCGGAAACGCCAUAGAGCUCACACCCGACGAGGCUCAGUACUGCAAAUACGGCACACCAGAAUUUGUUGCCCCAGAAAUUGUCAACCAAACUCCUGUGUCCAAGGCAACUGACAUCUGGCCGAUUGGAGUCAUCACAUAUCUGUGCCUGACUGGAGUGUCUCCGUUUGCUGGAGAGAAUGACCACAGAUCCGUGCUCAACAUCAGGAACUACAAUGUGGCCUUUGAGGAGAGUAUGUUCGCUGACCUGUGCCGAGAAGCCAAGGGAUUCAUCAUCAAACUGCUGGUGACAGACAGACUGAGGCCUGAUACAGAAGAGGGUCUCCGUCAUCCAUGGUUCAAGACCCUUACCAAGGGGAAGCCAAUAAGCACAGAGACCCUCAAGAAGUUUGUGGCUCGCCGAAAGUGGCAGCGGUCCCUUAUCAGCUACAAAUCCAAAAUGGUCAUGAGGUCCAUCACUGAGUUGCUGAAUGACUCAUCCAGCCACAUCUCCAUCGCUGUUCCCAGACACCUCAAAGAGGGCUCACCCCCACCAUCAUCGUCCUCUGACUCCGACGAAGAUAUUGACAAGCUGCCCUUCAUUCCAAUGCCACUCAGUAUGGAGUUCUCCGGAUCAAGAAUGUCUCUAAACGAGAUCCAGGAAGGCACAAGCCGGUCAAACGGCACUAUUGACAGUUCAGGGUCAGCAGUCACCCAUGACCAAGAGGCGAUGGAGUGUGAACAUAUGGGGAAAUUGAAAGAGGCUGGAGAUUCGACAGGUAGGGGGCGCGCCAGGAAAAGUUUGACGCAAGAAAAUGACAAGGGGUCUUUGGAUGAGGAGUUGGCAGAGUUGGCGCAAGUAUCUGAGAAUGCAAGAAGGCCCUUGUGCAGAGGCUCGAGCUUGGAGUUGGACAAGCCAGAGGGAGGACCCAGAAGGGGGUAUCUGCAUAGAGGGGGCUCUGCUGACAGCGCACUGCUACUCCACAUCGUUCCAGAAGAUAGAGCAGACGACGAAAUCACUGAAAAAGGCCGACAAGUCCUCAAAAAGGCGGUAUCCAUGGAGUUGCCUAGGAGGAGCGUGAGUCCAGGUCCUCUGAGUCAAGAUGACUAUGCUCACAAACUGGAGCUGAUGAGGCAGAGGUUGCUCCGAGGUGGCUCCGUGGACAAGAAGAUGAGCGGCCUGCGAGGACCCCUGCUGGAGACACUGGGUAUGGAUGAUGGAAUGCAGUAUUCGUCGUCGCUGGAGCGCUACUCGCGCACUAACCGCUUAUGGGUUCCUCCGUUAACCAAGGCAGUCUCCAGCGACGAGCCCAGAGAGGACGUGCUCAAACCCAAAUUCCUUCGCAAGAGCGCCUCCUUCAGUCAAGGAGAUGAUGCAGAGCCCGUUCCUCUGCACCGACGCACCGGGGCACCACUGGAAAUCCCGCUGGCUCAGAUAGAGGAGCGAAGGCUCAAGGAGGCCAUAUCCAUGUCUGCUAUCACUGAGCCAUUUAAAAAUGACUCCUGCACCGUGACUCCCAGGAAACCUACCCUUAAACUUCCCACACCAAGCCCAGUGCCUACAGAACAGGAGACAUUAACUAAGUUGGAGGAAGAGGACUCGUCAAUAGACAAGGAGAUUAAGACUGAGAAGUCCAUUCGUGAAAAAACGAUAAUAGAACCAGAGUACAUGGCCUCGAGGGAGCCUAUCCCUCCUUGGAGGGAGUAUAGCCCUCCUGUGAGGGUUCUUACAUUCGAGGAGCAAAUGAAGAAAGAUAAAGAAGAGGCUAGGGAAGUUGAAGAAGUACACAAAGAAGUAAAAAAAGUAGAAAUGGAACUGAAGGCACAAGUGAAAUCUUCUGAGAUGGUCAUUACUACAAGUUCUAAUAGGGUCACGCCAGCACCAGCAUCUUCAAGGGCACCAGCAAAUGUUGUGACUCCCUCUCCACCUGCCCUAACUGUGCUCCCAGACGGUAGGACCUCUGUGUACACUAGCAUAAUGCAGACCAUCAUGGUCCCCUUGCUUCAGCCCCUAGUUAGCCCCCUGUUAGCAGACUCCACCCCUGUGGUUGUUCCAGUCCCUGCGCAAGCCCCAUUUCUAGCACCAACAUUUAUCAACACACCUACAUCUGUCCCUGGCCAAACAAAGCCAGUCACUCUGCUAUCCACACCAGGGGAACACCCUGCAGUCUAUUCAAGGGUGACAUCCCCCGUGCCCAAAGAACCGAGUCCACCCAAGGUUUCCCCAUGCCCUACACCCCAGUGUGAGCUCUCGCCAGUGGGACAAAACCUCCACGACAUUGCCUCUGAGGAAGUUUUUGAGGCACGCUUCAAAAAGCGUGAGUAUUCUCCAACGCGAGGCCUGCAGCUUCUCAACUGGUCAAAGCCUGAGGAUAAACCAGUAGCCACUUUGGACUCUGCCAAGUUAGGCAAAGAGGUAUACCGACCUGGGCCCAUUGGUGCGCCGUUGGUGUUUGUCCCCAGGAGAUUGGAGGAGAAGUCCAAGUCGGUGCAGGAUCUCCGCGAGGCCCAGAAGGACGAAGGCUUUAUGAGAAGGCUUUCCAUGCGUCUGAAGAGGACUCCGUCAACCGAAAGCAAGGAAGAAAUGCCCAAGGAGGAAGAACCAGUGACUCCCAGGCGCCGACUCUCCUGGGCUCUCCGUGGCAGAAGAGGAUCCCAUUGCCAGGAGAGGAAGGAUGUGGAGAUUAUGAGGAUGGAUGGGGGAAUAGAAGCUGAGGCGGAGCAGGAGGACAAGGAGCCGGAAAAGCCCAACAAGUCACCGGUUAUGGCCAUGCGUAGGAAGAUCGAGUCGACGGUGUCCAGGAUACCCAUGAGGAUCCGCAGCGCCUCGGAGGAGAGAAGGAUAGCGUCCGAGGAAAGGGAAUCCAACAAGCCAGAGAGCAAGAAGACACCCCUGUUCUCCAAACUGCACAGGUCGACUUCUGAGGGACGUAGCCUAAAGAGUAUGGCUGGAUCCGGUAUCCCUCAAAACCAGCUGGCUUCUCAGUCAGGCACCGGAGCCUCCUCAGAGUCCAUGGAAUCUAUGUUCAGCAUCAAGUCGGAGAGACCAUCCAAGGCAGGGACAGAGGUAGGAAGGAGGUCCCGAUUGGACCGUGUGGGCCUAACCAGAGCUAGCAAGAAGGACAAGAUGGUAUCGGAGUCUCGUAUCCCCACGGCUAUUGCCAGAGAGAAUGACACCCUAAGCUCCCGCUUGUACACCAGACUGGCAUCUGACUUCCCUCCCGUGUUCCACAUCAAGUUGAGGGACUACACCCUGCUGGAGGGAGAUCCCAUCACCCUUAGCUGCCUCCCAGCUGGCAGCCCCCAUCCACACAUCUCCUGGAUGAAAGAUAAGAAGCCUCUGCAGAUUGACGCCGGAAUGAACAUUAUCUCCUGUCCUGAUGGCAGGCAGCUGCUGAUGAUCAUGACAACCACCAAGAAGGAUGCAGGGCUGUAUGAGUGUGUGGCCACCAACCUUCUAGCUUCGGUCUCCAGCUCCUGUAUCCUCUCCCUCGCUCGUUUACCCACUCGUCCUGGGACUCCUGAGGUUCCCCAGCGCUUUAAGAACACUGCCCUGGUCCUCUGGAAGCCCUCAGACAGUAUGGCCCCCUGCACCUACUCUCUGGAGAGAAAAGCAGAGGCUGAGAGUAACUGGCUCACCGUGGCCACAGGAGUGGCUGACUGUUACUACAAUGUGGUUGACUUGCCAGCAGGGGGCGUCUUCAGGUUUAGAGUGGCGUGUGUGAACAAGGCAGGCCAAGGACCCUUCAGUAACCUCUCAGAGGUAGAGUGCCUGGACGCUUCAGUGCCAACAAAAUGCAGUGGAUCAGUAGUUGUGAAGACAGUCCCUGCAGCACCAGUGGUCAAAACGUCACCAAUGACCGUCCCCUCCUUGAAGCCUGCGCCUAGUAAAGGGUUGCACCCAGCCCCAUCUUCUGGCCCAUCCAGACAGACCCCGUCUGCCUCUGCUUCCUCUUCUGCUGCACCACCGGCCAAGCCUAUCGCUUCUACCCCCGCCUCUAAACCUAUUCAUUCCAAACCCAUAGUCCCUCAGACCCCAACCAGUGCUGCUUCCGCCCCCAUGUUUAUUAGUGAGGUCCCGUCUCACCUGGCCGUCCCUGAGAUCCAAAGCCCGCCUCCGGCUCAGCCCGCCCCAGCCCCGGCCAAAGCCAAGACCCUCAACAUCAAAGUCACGAAACCUACACUGUCUCAACCAGCAAUCAUAACCAAGCUCGCUCCCCCUAUCGUUCUCCCCAAACCCCAGAGUCCCGUCAAUACCGUCUCGCCCAUGAUUAAGACCCCGCCCCCACUCGUGGCGCCUCCGCCCGCCAUCUGUAAACCCAUUUUGUCUGUGCCCAUGUAUGCACCAAUACCGGCUGCCACACCACGCGUCACCCCACCCUUCCUCUCCAUCCCUGCCAUCUCAUCCCCAGUCAUGCUAAUUUCCAGCACGAGUACAGCAGGGAAGAGUGGGGUUACACACACACGUAUGACGCCGUCAGGAUGCAAGACGCCCUUGGGGGGACGACCUGGUGAGAGCACCCUGCGCCAGGGAGUGCCCCAGAAACCAUACACCUUCAUGGAUGAGAAGGCCAGGGGCCGCUUCGGCGUGAUCCGAGAAUGUAGAGAGAAUGCCACAGGCAACCUGUUCAUGGCUAAGAUCGUGCCCUACGAGACAGACAACAAACAGACGGUGCUGCAGGAGUACAACAUCCUCAAGUCCCUCCACCACGAUAAGAUCAUGGCUCUGCACGAGGCCUACGUCACGCCCCGCUACCUGGUGCUCAUCUCGGAGUGCUGCAGAGGGAAAGAGCUCAUCUACAGCCUUAUUGACAGAUUCCGCUACUCGGAGGAUGACGUGGUGGGCUACAUCGUUCAGGUUCUGCAAGGUUUGGACUACCUGCACAACCGCCGCAUCCUGCACUUAGACAUCAAACCGGAGAACAUCAUCAUCACCUACAUGAACAUGGUGAAGAUCAUAGACUUUGGAAGCGCCCAGACCUUUAACCCACUCUUCCUCAAGCCGUUCAGCCCACCUGUUGGAACUCUGGAGUAUAUGUCUCCCGAGAUGUUGAAGGGGGAUGUGGUGGGCCCUGCAGCUGACAUUUGGAGUGUAGGCGUGUUGACCUUCAUCAUGCUGAGCGGCAGGUUGCCUUUCAUGGAGAAUGAUCCACAGGAGACUGAAGCCAGAAUCUUAGCCGCCAAGUUUGAUGUGGGAAAACUCUACCGGAACGUGUCUCAAAGUGCCUCUCUGUUUUUUAAAAAGGUCCUCUGUAGUUACCCUUGGGCCCGUCCUUCCAUCAAGGACUGCUACAACAACUCAUGGCUCCAGGACGCCUACCUGAUGCGGCUGCGGCGGCAAACCCUCACCUUUACCACCACACGCCUCAAGGACUACCUGGACAAGCAGCAGAAGCUGCGGGCGGGUGUGGCCACCAAGCACAAGCUCCUCCUUCGGUCGUACCAAAGCUCACCCCAGUCCUCCACCGGCCCUAUACCCCCAUCUCCCAUGACACCGGUCACACAGUGAGCACGGCUGAAUAUGUCAAAUGCAUGAAGGCAGGAGCUGUGGCAUGAAAGGAGGUGCCUAAUCUAUAUGAGGCAGGUCCUAGGAUCGAGCCCUGAACAACCCCCUUGGCCCCCUAACCUGGUGAGAUGAGUUGUGAGUUUAGCUUUUCAGACAAAUGGACAUAAAAUCACAAAAUCCAGAACUGGUUCGAGAUAUUAAGAAUCUCUCUGCCUCCACCAUAGUCCCUACAGAGAAUGUUCUUGUAAUGAGACAAUAACAGAAUAGUUCUUUGUGUAUUGCAUGGUGUGAUACACAUUUCUCCAGCUCAAAGUUCCAAACCUCUGCGCUCUCUUUUUAAUACUCAGAAGCUCGUAAUUGUUUUAUCUAAACCUCUUGUAUCCAAGUAUAUCAACCAGAUAUCUUCUCUUAAUAUCUAGUACAUGUGUAAUUUUAUCUUUCCCUAGGAUGAUGAAAUUUGUGGAGAUGAUGUCUCUUCUCAGCUAGUUUUUAUGAACAAAGCGACACUACUGAUAACAUCUUGGGUCCAUGAUUAUGGGCGCUACAGUAUGUACGCCCUUAAUCUCAGUCGACAUGCUCUAUCUUUGAUAAUCAGAAAGUUCUUGACCACAUGAGUCGGUUUAAAUGCAUUGAGAAAGCAUUGGGUUAUUUAUGACAUUAGGCAAAAUGGUUCAGACAAGAUUAGCAAUAUCUACCAGAACAGUGAACAACUAAUCAACGCAACCCAAAUCAAGGAGUAGGACCUGAAAAUAUUCUUAGAGACAUGAUUUGGCUAACCAAGUCUUUGUCAUUAUAUAUUACAAUGUCAAUUUUCCUAUAGUUCUCAAAAUUCAUGGACAUUGCAGACGAUUUGUGUAAACCAAGUAUAUGUAUACAAAGGAUGCCAAGAUCUCCAGUACCUUACAUUCACAGGAACUGAGGGUGUCUUGAGUCACAGGGUAGAAUGUGGAAGGGUCAUGCUGUGCCCAUACUUGAGUUCAGAUUGAACAUUUUGACAAAUGAGAUUGUGACAUGUGAUUGAACAGAUGAGGGGAUGAGUGGCUUAAUCUAAAGUCACUUGCCCCGUUUAUACCUGGUUCUAACAUGCAUCUGCUGUCCUGAUCUUGUGCACAUUCUGAUUGUGCCCACAUUUAUCAACAGCUGUAGACCUACAAAAUACACAUUGUGAUCUGAUUGUGAUUAGGUCUUCCUGACAACCUCUGGAGGUAGUCAAAGAUGCAUCUGGUAUGGAUGUCCUUGAAGUGUAAACGAAUCCUGACAACAAAAGCGUAUACAUUUGGGCAAGGUCACGGUUGUCCUGCCCUCUCAAGAAAAGAACACUGUCCAGCUGAAUUAAGAUCAUGGUCUUCAUUAGAAACCAAGUGCCUAUACUGGCACUGUGGUCAGAUGCCACAAUCCCAAUACCGGGUCCAGCUAAAAUGGGCAUGUAGAAAUAAAGAUAUUUAUCAAGACAUAUCAUCACGAAUGAGAGAAAAAGGGUUAUCCCGAUCACACGUCCAAUGCCAGUGCAAAAUGUUAUAUUUGAAAACCACAGAAAUUCCAAGGACUUUAAUAGAAUAAUUUAAAUUGAACUACGUCUGUAUCGGGGAUGUUAGGGACGGACUAGGAUGGAGUCGCUGCAGAAGAGCACAGUGCAUGACAAGAGUAUGGCAAGGUAUAAUGUGUAGGCCUAAUUUUCCACCUGUAGAUCGAGCCAAAAUAAAUGGUGGGUGGGUGGUGAAUAGUCUAAUUCAGUUUCUAUAUCCUAUAUGAAAAUAAUACAGUGGUAUAAUGAAAUUCUUUUCGAUUCUAUUUUAUGAAUCUUGGAGCAUUUUCCAGCUAUGAAUACAGUGCAGAAGAUGUCCAACCUGAUGCGUUAAGGUGCAUAGCUUUCUGUAAGCGUGAACGAGGCCACUGUACAAUAUACUGCCGGCUACAAACACAAAGGACUCUUAUUAAGGCUACUUUCAGAUUGACGCUUUAUUCCCUUUAUAAAGCCAUAGUAUUUGCUUCACAUGUGUACUCCUUUGCGCGUUUUAUCGAUUGCCACUUUUAUCCAUGCAUUUUCCUAAUUUCACCAUUCGUUUUGCUAUAGCUUAUCAUAUCAGAGGUUUCAUUAGUGAAUUAUCACUGAUCAAUGUUUUGGAGGAAACGAAACCACGAUCGUUCUCCCAGCAUGUCACAUUCCGUCCUUUGGUAAUGUUUAGGCCUAUACUAGAGGUUAUUUACAGUGCAAGAUCACAAAUAAUAUAAAGACAACGCAUGUAAAAAUCCAUGGGUUAAUAUCAACCCUGUCCAGACCUGUUUGGUUAAAUGCGAUGCACCAUUCGGAGAUGCAGUCUGUUUCUACUCUGUGCAUUAGGGCCUGUCAUUUGUAUUUAUACUGUGCAUUAAUUGGAUUUUGUACAUACAUCCAGAUACUUAGCACGUUUUUUUGUGGUGACUGUCAGGGGAUGGGAGAUUCUCUGAAUAUUUAUUACUACGGCUGUGGACAGAUCGAGGUUAUGGGGACAGUAGCCUAUUAUGUCUUAUAUCGCUGGGUAACACACAUAGGUUGUAAUGAUGAGAGUAUAAAACUUUUGACUAUAAACUUGUGCUGUUUUCUGUUGAUUUAAACAGCUUGUGUCAUAAGGGGAGGUCCAAGGCAGGUUGGCUUAAUUUGCAUACAGGGCGGGACCAGGGAAUCUGGUCACAAUAUUGACGUUGUGGGCAGAUGAGACACAUUUUAUUCCUAUGUGUAGGCGUAACAAAUCUCGAUCAGAUAUUGAUUGGAUGAGGACAACCACAUGUUAAAGCAAUGUGUAACCACAGCUUUUGACUGUAAGAAUGCAUAUGAUUGCAGACUAGUCAUCAGUUACUCAUAAUGCAGGUCCUCACUUUUAAAUUAGGAUGAUGCUUGGGGAAAGAAUGUAUUUUUGUUUUGGGUAUAUUGCCAAAUGGUUACUUACUCAGAAAAUAAAUGUGUAGGUGCAUGUCACAUCCACGCAGAUUAAGAAAAUGUUAAUUUAUGGAACUGUUAGAUUUCAAUUGUUUUGUACACUUUGUUAAUCGAUUAUAAGUUUUGCUAUUUUCAUUAUCCAACAUUGAAACAGUAUUUAUAACAACAUAUAUUUAUUGUGUAGAUAUAGUAACAGUCAGAAGUUACUUUUUUGGUUACUACAUGAUUCCUUACAAUGCCUUGCAAAAGUAUUCACCCCAAUUGGUGUUUUUCCUAUUUUGUUGCAUUAUAACCUGUCAUUUAAAUAGAUUUUUAUUUGGAUUUCAUGUAAUGGACAUACACAAAAUAGUCCAAAUUGGUGAAGUGAAAUGAAAAAAAUUACUUGUUUAAAACAUUUUUUUUCUAUUUUUUUAAUGGAAAAGUUGUGCGUGCUAUCAAUCCCCUAAAUAAGACCUGGUGCAACCAAUUACCUUCAGAAGUCACAUUAUGAGUUAGAUUGCACACAGGUGGACUUUAUUUAAGUGUCACAUGAUCUCAGUAUAUAUACACUUGUUCUGAAAGGCCCCAGAGUCUGCAACACCACUAAGCAAGGGGCACCACCAAGCAAGCAGCACUAUGAAGACCAAGGAGCUAUCCAAACAGGUCAGGUACAACGUUGUGGAGAAGUACAGAUCAGGGCUGGGUUAUAAAAAAUAUGAGAAACUUUGAACAUUCCAUGGAGCACCAUUAAAUCCAUUAUUAAAGAAUCGAAAGAAUAUGGCCCCACAACAACACAGCCAAGAGAGGGCCGCCCACCAAAACUCACGGAACAGGCAAGGAGGGCAUUAUUCAGAGCCAACAAAGAGACCAAAGAUAACCCUGAAGGAGCUGCAAAGCUCCACUUUAAGCCGUACACUCCACAGAGCUGGGCUUUACGGAAGAGUGGCCAGAAAAAAAUAAGCAAACAUGUUCGGUGUUUGCCAAAAGGCAUGUGGGAGACUCCCAAAACAUGGAGGAAGAUACUGGUCAGGUUAGACUAAAAUUGAGAUUUUUGGCCAUCAAGGUAAAUGCUAUGUCUGGCACAAACCCAACACCUCUCAUCACCCCGAGAACACCAUCCCCACAGUGAAGCAUAGUGGUGGCAGCAUCAUGUGGGGAUGAUUUUCAUCGGCUGGGACUGGGAAACUGGUCAGAAUUUAAGGAAGGAUGGAUGGCGCUAAAUGCAGGAAAAUUCUUGAGUGAAACCUGCUUCAGUCUUCCAGAGAUUUGAGAAUGGGACAAUGACCCUAAGCCUACUGCUAAAGCAACAGUGAGUGGUUUAAGGGGAAACAUUUAAAUGUCUUGGAAUGGACUAGUCAAAGCCCAGACCUCAAUCCAAUUGAGAAUAUGUUGUAUGACUUAAAGAUUGCAGUACACAGUGGAACCCAUCCAACUUGAAGGAGCUGGAGCAGUUUUGUCUUGAAGAAUGGGCAAAAAUCCCAGUGGCUAGAUGUGCCAAGCUUAUAGAGACAUACCCCAAGAGACUUGCAGCUGUAAUUGCUGCAAAAGGUGGCUCUACAAAGUAUUGAUUUUGGGGGGUUGAAUAGUUCUGCACAAUCAAGUUUUCUGUAUUUUUGUCUUGUUUCUUAUUUGUUUCACAAUAAAACAUAUUUUGCAUCUUCAAAGUGGUAGGCAUGUUGUGUAAAUCAAAUGAUACAAAUCCCACAAAAAUCCCAAAAUAGGAAAAAUGCCAAGGGGGGUGAAUACUUUCGCAAGCCACUGUAUGUGUUAUUUCAUAGUUUUGAAGUCUUCACUAUUAUUCUACAAUGUAAAAAAUAAAGAAAAACCUUGAAGGAGUAGGUGUGUCCAAACUUUUGAUUGGUAAUGUAUGUUAUAUAUUUAUUGUGGUAUAAUCAUGAAGUGAUGUGGCAGAUGUGUGUCAUGAAGUUGAUUUUACAUUACAUUGUAUUUAAGUUUUAAUCAACAGCAUCCGUGGGUUUGUUUAGAAUUAAGUAUUUAAGCAGGAUUCUUCUAGUUGAAUUCCAUGGUCAGGUAUGAGAUUGAUUUGAUGGCUGCUUGUGUGUCACGUCAUAGAGUUUUGUAUAAAAUGAUGAUAUGCUUGAUUUAUUGGAUGAAUGUAUUUCAAUAUAUUGUGAAGAUAGUAUUACCAUUUAAAUGGAGAGGGUAAAUAUUGAUGUAUGAAGACUAAGAAGUACUGAGCAAGACACCUCCAGUACGUUAAGAAGUAAAGUAGUUGCAAAUUAUUUUUGGAACGGAGCAGCAUGCAAGGUUGAUAAUGAUUAAGUUCAGAGUUUUGUACCUACGGCAUAUAUAUAUACCUUGAAUGUGUUGCAGUGUCCCAUGUGACGGAUAGUGAAACAGAAGUGUUUGCUUGUAAGUUGACAAUCAAUAUCUGCUUUUUUGUGCGAUUUUUCAGGGAGGGGGGGACAACGACAUUAUGUUACUCGAUUGUUUUUUGUGUGAUUGUUUGGUUGUUUGUUUAUUUGAUUGCUUGAGUAAUCACAAUUGGUGCAGCUCUUAAAUUUAUUUUCUCUGCGGAACCUCUGAAUAUGGCAUGGGAUAGGCAUGACAGUUAUAAAUAAUAAUAAAGAACAUACAACUUCAA